GGCUGGUCAAUAUGGGAUUACUUGGCCCGCACUGAUCCAGAUCAUGUAGCCGAUAGCAGCAGUGGAGAUAUUGCUGCCAAUUCGUAUUAUAUCUAUAGAAGGGAUAUCGAAAUGCUGAAAGAAUUAGGAGUUACGCACUACAGAUUUUCCAUAUCAUGGCCGAGAAUUCUUCCCUACGGUCGCGCAAACUACGUAAACCAACGCGGGGUCGACCAUUACAAUGAAUUCAUCGAUGAGCUAAUAGCAAAUGGUAUCACCCCUUUCGCAACCAUGUAUCACUGGGACUUACCUCAAAAUCUACAAGAGCUUGGUGGCUGGCUGAAUGAGGAGAUAGUGGAUUGGUUCGGGGACUACGCUCGAGUUUUAUAUCAGAAUUUCGGGGAUCGUGUUAAGAAUUGGCUGACUAUAAACGAACCGUAUAUCCAUUGCCAUUUCGGAUACGGUUAUAGCACGCAUGCUCCUCGACUUCACUCCCCUGGUAUUGGUUACUAUGAGUGUGGAAGACAUAUUUUACUUGCAAACGCGAGAGCGUAUCAUAUUUACGACGAUGAGUUCAGAAGUGUGCAAGGAGGCCAGCUGGGUAUUGUUAUCAGCUCUGAAUAUUUGUAUCCUGCAUCAGAUUCGGAAGACGAUAUUGAGGCUACUAGGGAUUACUUCGAAUUCCAUUUAGGCCAAUAUAUGCAUCCAAUUUUCUCGGAGACUGGAAACUACCCUCAAGUAAUGAUAGAUCGUGUGGCAGCAGCCAGUCUAGCCCAAGGCUAUACUUCUUCAAGACUUCGUAGUUUUUCUGAAGAACAAAUAGAGUAUAUUAAAGGCACUUCGGAUUUCUUAGGCCUGAACCAUUAUACCACAAGAAUUGUGUACAGGAACAGCUCUGUUAUUGGAAUGUUUGAGAUACCGUCACAUGAAGAUGAUGCUUUUGCGAAUUCAUUUCAGGAUGAGUCUUGGCCAACAUCAGAAGCAGCUUGGAUCAGGGAGCACGGCCCUGGAUUAUUUAGUCUCCUAGUUCACAUCAAGGAUACAUACAACAACCCUCUCGUCUACAUAACUGAAAACGGGGUAUCUACCACAGCUGGUCUGAACGACCACAUCAGGGUGUCUUACUACAGGAGCUACCUGAACGCAGUACUCGACGCUAUAGCUGAAGGAUGUGACGUUCAAGGGUACUUUGCUUGGAGUUUGAUGGACAAUUUCGAAUGGACUUUUGGUUACACACAACGCUUCGGCCUGUACGAAGUGGACUUUGAAGACCCAGAGCGGACCAGAACCCCCCGAAAAUCGGCGCUAGUGUACAAAGAGAUCGUACGCAGCCGUACAAUUGACUACGAGUACGAUCCCGAUCCUUACGCUAGCAGUAGUAGCAGUGCGUACGCAUCAAGCGCUUGGCUACUUUCAAUUGUUUUGGCUAUUGUAAAUGUUUUAGUUCCACUGUGAAUCCUUCACAAAUGU